CGAGGAUCCUGCAGCUGCCUGGCUUGCGGGGCUCGCGGGGCCUGCGGGCUGCUCGCUAUCGCGGUCGUGGUGUUGGCCGCGGGCACCGGGAAGCCUCGGGACACACGGGAGCUGCCGAGCGUGACGCCGGGCUGGUGGCCGCCCCAAGUGGGAGCGCGCCCUCCCUGCAGUGCCGGCUUAUGGAGGCGAGGCUGUUCCUGAGCCUGGCCCGCGCCAUUCCUGCUGGCCUGUGACAGCCAAGAGCUGGCGACUAAGACCUGGGAACGGGGAACUGGCAAGGCCCUCCUUAAAAUUCUUUGAUAAAGAGAUUAGAUUCCCAGAGUCCAUUCUCAUCUUCCAGUAGGACAUGCUCGAUAAGGAUGGAAGUCAUGCAUCAUCCAGUAUGGAAGUUUCAGAAGUUAGAAGACAUUUGCUAAAUCAAGUUACUUCACGAAAGCUACUCUUCGGGUCAUAUAUAUCAUAAUGCGGAAUUCUUCAUCAGUACCACCAAAAGAUCAAGGCGAAUCAAACAUUCCUUCUGGAACAGCACAGAGUGGGAAAACCUUACAGAGCAAGAGUCAGUUUAGGACCAUUGCACCAAAAAUUGUGCCUAAAGUCCUAACAUCCAGAGUGCUACCCUACCCUUCCUCGCUUUCUGACCAAGGGAGUCUGGCUCUAACAUCCAAGCCUCUGGGCAUGCCCACCCAGAACUAUGCUCUGAUGCAGGUGGCCGGCCAAGAGGGGGCAUUUUCUUUUGUUGCUUUGCCAAAUGUUACCUCAGCCCAGCCACUUCAGAAGCCCAGAAUGUCCAUACAUGAAAACCUUAAACUGCCUAUUCCUCGAUACCAACCACUAAGUAGCAAAGGAUUAAGAAAGAAACAGGACCUGAGCUCUCCCAAGGGUGGCUCCAGUGACCCUCCUGGCCCAGCCCAACUAUGUCAUUUGACUCCUCCCCCACAAGCCCAUCCUGAGCUGCCUCACAAACAUAGCCCAUGGAAGCAAAUGCCUACUUUGAACGCUUCUCCCACCAACAUCAACAUAGCUACACUGACCAGUGGUGUUGGCCAAGGAGAUUUGAGUCCCCUAGUGACCAACAGCUGUGGAGAUCUUGAGUUUCCUGCCAUCCGAGCAUACACUACAGAGGACUGUUCUUCCCCACAGAGCCUCCCAGCAAGUAUGCAGAAGGCAGGUUGUGCCAGGAAGGAGGUACCCACUAUGCCUGCUGCUGCUGGUGAAGACCUCAAAGAACAGGUAGCUCCUGCACAUCCUGUCUUCAGCAGUGCACUUCAGGUGGUCUCUGUCGUACCCAAGGAUAAACUGCCCAUCCCGCCCUUCCCAAGAGUGAAAACCACAGAGGUGGGCAAAGUGGAACCAGAUGCUGAAAAUGCAGAAUUGUCUUCAUCUGGAUGCAGAGCAAACUGUGAUGAGAGACUGUCUAUCCUAGAAGGGUUCGAUGUAGCCACGGAGACAGCCAGCAAGAUUCCUGCUCUGCAUGUGUCUAAGCAGAGUGCAUGUGAAAGUGCUUUCUGUCCUGUCACCAAAUUAGAUCUCAGCCACAAGGCAAAACCCAGCAGUGGGAUAAAGAGAAGGGCAAGAAAAUGGAAAGUGCCAGAUGAGAUUCUAGCAUUGCAGGGGAAGAGGAGGAAAUGCAUUCUUGGUAUGUGUGGAGAUAGCAUGGAGAGGGCAAGGAACAGUCCCCAAGAAGCCAGAGACCAGAAGCCCAGGGCUGCUUCGAGAAAGUAUCGUAGCAUCAUGCCCAAGCCUGUCAUUGUCCUGUCUGCUUUGGCACCCCUGGCAUCUCCUGCCACUGUGCUGUCUCAGGCUCCCAGCUGCCUAGGUCAAGAUGUUCUCAAUAAUGCCCUGCCUCCAAAAUGUCUUGGGUCCAAGCAAAGUGACAGCCUUGCCCCAAAGCCCAGCUCUGCACUCAGAAAUGGAUUCUCUGGCAUUAAGAAGCCCUGGCACAUGUGUCCAGUCUGCAACUACCACUUCCAAUUCAAGCACCACCUUCUAGACCACAUGAAUACACACACCAACAGGCGGCCUUAUAGUUGUGGGAUUUGUCGCAAGACCUAUGUGCGUCCCGGCAGCCUGAGUGCACAUAUGAAACUUCACCAUGGUGACAAUCGCCCCAAGAAACUAGUGUGCUGUGAAUUUUGUGCCAAAGUAUUUGGUCAUGUCCGAGUCUAUUUCGGCCAUCUGAAGGAGGUACACAGGGUUGUAAUCAGCACAGAGCCCUCCCCCAGUGAACUGCAGCCAGGAGACACACCAAAACACAAGGACAGAGAUCCCGCCAUGCAAGGACCUGACUGCUCACUGGAGAGGGAAACCAAGUCAAGUUUGGAAGAAGAUUUCCUUCUAAACCAGGCAGAUGAAGUCAAAUUGCAAAUCAGGUGUGGCCGUUGCCAGAUCACUGCUCAGUCUUUUGCUGAAAUAAAGUUUCACUUGCUUCAUGUUCAUGGGGAGGAAAUUCAAGGCCGGCUGCAAGAAGCAAUGCUGCCAGGCGGCAGAUCUGAUGGCCCCCACCUGCAGCGGCACACAGAGAGAAGGGAUCAGAUGAAGCCCUACGCCUCCAUGGAGGGCUCUCCAGCAUUCCCUAGAGCGAAAAGACACCCAGCCCCUCCUGAGAACAGAGAGGAGGCUGGCCAGUGGGGGAUGACUGGCCCGCAGCACCCAGCCAGGCGUCUCUGGUCCCGCGCAGGCUUUAACUGCCUGCUCUGCGCUCAGAUGCUCGGGAGGAAGGAGGACCUGCUUCUUCACUGGGUGCACCAGCACAACUGUGAGGACCCCACCAGACUUUGGGCUCUUCUGGGAACCUUCUCUAACCAGGGAGCUUCUGAGCUCCCCAGUGAAGCAAGGCUGUGACCUGAGGCCGUCCUGCCCAGCCGAAGGGAUGCUGUGCCACCUGUCUCACUGUCUGUGCUGUUAGCAUUUAACCGGAAGGAUCCAGUACGCCAGGGCCAGGGCCAGGGUACAGAGGAAAUGUUUGUGUGUAGUUUUAUUUUCUUAAGAAAUAAAAUAUGUGGCCUGGAUGCUUUUUUUAAACAUAUGUCUCACUUUAAAAUUCCAUGCAUUCUCCAAUAUCGUAGACUACUUAAUAAUAAAUAUAUCAAAAUUAGGAAAUUGAAAUGUAAAGAAUAUUGUUCUCAAUUGCAAGCUUUCGAGUAUGUGUGUUUUGUGUGUGUGUGUGUGUGUGUGAGAGAGAGAGAGAGAGAGAGAGAAAGAGAGAAUGGAAAUAUAUGUACAUGUGUUCUUAUGUUGAUGCUAUUUGAUUAUAUUUAUUAACAGUUAAUUCUGUAGCUGUGGAAUGUCCCAACUGUAGUAUAAAGUUACAUGAUAAAGUUGACAUUUAUUGGUCUCUGGCUUAUUUGCAUAUGCUCUAGAACAGUCUUUUUAAAAGUGUACACUCUACCGUAACAUAAAAUCUGUUUUCAAGA